ACGAGUUCGUGCCUCUGGCAAGAACCUUUAGCAUAUUCUCAUCUUCAGCUCUGUGUACCGCCUCGCACUACAUUCGUUCCGGAAAUAGACAUCAACCGAAGUUCAUAUCAACAUCUGGCGUCGCUACCCGAUUCAUCCCGCAUCGUACACUCCGGGAACCGCGAUCGUCACGCAAACACACACGCAAACGCUUCAUUUUAAAGCACCACAAGCUGGAAUCUCUCGAUCAAUCUGCGCCGGCCGCGAAGAGUGAGGAUUAUCUUGGCUUUAGAGAAUAUUGUUUGAAAACGUGUUUCCGGAGUCCAGCAUAUUGUGUAGGAAGUUCUUGUGAAAAUUGUCGAGAACUAAAGAAGUUUGGUCAGGAAUUUGACGGUGUACGGAAAAAAGUUAAAUAAGUGCAGGAUGGUACCAUCAAUUUGGAGAAGUUCUAGCCGAAGUUGGCUACCAAUUUUGGCGAUAGUUUCUCUGGUUUGCCUCAGCGCUGCGACGGACGAUGUAACCGCAAAGGAACCCCUCAUUUUUACCGUGGCCAGCAAUGAAACGGAAGGAUACGUACGCUUCCUCCGGUCGGCGAAACAUUACGAGCUGGCGGUAACGACCCUUGGCAUGGGUAAACCGUGGCUGGGAGGAAACAUGAAAUCGGUUGGUGGUGGCUACAAAAUAAAUCUCCUACGGGAAGCUCUCAAACCGUACCGUGACGAACAGGAUCGCGUGGUACUGUUCACCGACAGCUACGACGUGGUGUUCCUUGCCUCGUGGGAACGAAUCCUGGAGAAAUUUACAAGCUUCGAGGCGUCUAUUGUGUUCGGUGCAGAGCCAUUCUGCUGGCCGGACGAAUCGCUCAAGACUAAGUAUCCGCCACUGGAGGGCCGCGGAAUGCGCUUUUUGAACUCUGGCUUGUUCAUGGGCUACGCUGAUAAGGUGUACAAAAUGUUGAAAACACCCUCGAAGGAUACGGAAGACGACCAGCUGUACUACACCAAGGUGUACUUGGACAAGGAGUUGCGCGAGGAGCUGAACAUCAAGCUCGACCAUAUGGCUUCGUUGUUUCAGAAUCUGAAUGGGGUCGAGGAGCAGGUAGUACUGUCGCUGGAACCGACGGAGAAGGAAGCCACGCUAGCGAAUACCGAGUAUAGCACCAAGCCUGCGAUCGUGCACGGUAACGGUCCGAGCAAGCUGGCCCUGAAUAGCUAUGCAAACUAUCUUGCCGGUGCCUUCGUCGAUGGAGAAUGUAAGACGGUACAUGAGAACCGCUUGACCCUUCCGGAGGAUGCGGCAAAGCUCCCGCUGGUGACGAUGGCCCUAUUUGUAGAGAAGCCUACCCCAUUCUUGGAGGAGUGGUUCGAUAGGAUCACCAAGCUAAAUUAUCCUGGCGAUCGGUUGGAUGUGCUCGUACACUCGAGUGUGGCCUAUCAUGCGGCAACGGUGAAAGCUUUCCUCGAUCGACAGGAGGGACAGUACCGGUCACUGAAAGCGAUUCAUCCUGCGGACGACUUUACCGAGCCUGCUGCACGAACCCUAGCUGCCAAGCACUGCGAGCAGCGCGGCUGUGACUACCUGUUCGUCGUCGACUCCGAGGGCCACCUGGACAAUCCGGAUGUACUGCGGGCGCUACUGGAAGCGAAUCGAAACGUAAUUUCACCGGUCCUCACGCGUCCCGAGAAGAUAUGGAGCAACUUUUGGGGUGCCCUAAGCAACCAAGGAUUUUACGCGCGCUCGAAUGACUAUAUGGACAUUGUGUCACGGAAACUGCUCGGCCUGUGGAAUGUACCGUUUAUUUCGAUUGCGUACCUGGUGAAGCGGGCGAUCAUACCAGACGUUAGCUACGAACUGCAGGAAACCGAUCCGGACAUGGCCAUGUGCUGGCACUUCCGCUCGAAGGGUAUCUUCAUGCACGUGAUCAACGUCGAGCAGUACGGGCAUUUGGUAGACACCGAGUACUUCGACAUGACCCGUACGCAUCCGGACUUUUACCAGCUGUUCAACAACCGACACGACUGGGAGCAGCGCUACCUAGCGGCGGAGUACAAGCAACAGCUGGAGGCCGACUUCGUGCCCAAGCAACCGUGCCCGGACGUGUACUGGCUUGCGAUCGGUACCGAGCGAUUUUGUGAUGAUUUACGAGAAAUCGUAGAGGCCUUCGGUGAGUGGUCCGAUGGUUCGCAUUCGGACAAACGACUCCAGGGUGGCUACGAGGCCGUGCCCACGCGCGAUAUACACAUGAACCAGGUUGGGCUGGAGCAAGUUUGGCUGAAGUUUUUGCAACUUUACGUGCGCCCUUUGCAGGAGAAAGUGUUCAUAGGGUACUUCCACGAUCCACCGAGAUCACUGAUGAACUUUGUCGUACGCUACCGCCCGGAUGAGCAACCGUCACUGCGGCCCCAUCACGACUCGUCCACCUACACGAUCAACAUCGCCCUAAACUCGCUCGGUACCGAUUACGAAGGCGGCGGCUGUCGCUUCCUGCGGUACAACUGUUCUGUGGUUGAAACACGCAAAGGCUGGAUGCUGCUACAUCCGGGCCGACUGACGCACUUCCACGAGGGUCUGGUAACGACGAAGGGAACCCGCUAUAUUAUGAUUUCUUUUGUGGACCCGUAAGCAGGGAGUAAGAAGAUGAUCGCAGUGUGACAACGCUGGCUCCAUCAAGUGACUCGCCGGCCGUUUGCCCAUCUCCUAAACAUUCAUUCGUUGUGCAUUGCAAGCAGGCCAUACCCUUUUCCAGUAUAAUCUUUUCUAGGCGGAAGAGAGCAGCAUUGACUGUAGGUAUUGUAUAGCGUUAAGGAAGUGUGUUCAUUAUGUGUCUGUUUUGUUUUUGGAUAUUUAGCUGUGCCAUGAGAUUUAUUUUUUUUCUCUCAUCCUCUAUGGAGUCAAGUGUCGAUCAAACUAGGUUACAGAAUAAAUAAAUAUAAUCA